CCUUCAUCAUCAUCAUCAUGUCCAGACUUACCUGCCUGCUCGUCGUCCUCUGCAGCGUGUUGACCCCGACCCUCGGCUGUGAUUGGAUUAGCAGACGCUUUGGUCACCUCAGCGGCCUAUCUCUGGAUCUCAUUCAACACAUGGGCGGUCCGUUGACAAAACAACCGAGUCCAGUCCGCUUUCCAGACAGACUCUACAGCCGCGUACGUGAGGCUGAGGUGGAGUCCCAGUUGGUUUUCAUUAGAGACAGCCUAGACCUAAUUUCUGGUCUAUAUCACCAUGACAACCUCACCUCGGUUACCUGGAAUACCAAAAAAUUGGAAGACUUCCAGGCGAUCAUCCACAGACAGGCAGAGGAACUGAGCCAAUGUGUAACUGCCAACAAUUUCAUUCUAGUAGCUACAGUGUCUUCUAGCAGGCGAGUAGCCGUGAAACUGAGAAAUUGCAACAGGAGGCUGACCAGGCGUAUUCUGGACCGCACUUUGCUGACUGUAUCAUUGUGUGUUCAGGGGGGUAGUACAGCGUCCUGGGAGCUGAUCAGGAAGGAAACCAAACUGAAUCUGGAUCACCUCGAUGUGCUGGUGAACCUCAUCAAAGCUUCAGGAGCUGCCAGCAGGAGGCGCAAUACACCGACUCAACGUCAACAUCAGCAUGUCUCAUCAAACUGAUUUCUUCAUUUGUUUUAAAUCUGUUUCUCUGUGAGAGACUCUCUCUGGUUUCUACAUUCCUUCUAUUUAUUUAUUUAUUUAUAAUGUUUCUAUUUAUUAACAAAGUGCUCUUCUAUUUAUUUGUUGAACUCUUACAGUUUUGUAUUUAAAGACUGAGUCAGAUUUCUUACUUGAAUUUUUUUUUAUAAGUGACAGAAAUAAAAAUAUUGUUCAUAUUAA